CUGCAGCCGGGAGAGUUUCGGUGGACUAUAAGACCUCUAAAAACCCUUCAAAGAGCGCGCGCUCACACCAGUUCCUUAUUGAGAUUUUGCUUUACGCACUCCACGACGACGACAACAAAAAGAGGAUCCACCGCUGGGCUUUCUUUACUCUGGAGGGCUGCUUCAACAUGAGCGCCGGCCAGACGUAUGACAAGAAGAUAGCGAGUAUUUUGACCGAUCUACCAGGAUCUAUGAGUUGCCACCCGAACUCCAAGGACUCUCCCACUCUCCCAGAGUCUUCGGUGACGGACAUGGGCUACUACAGCGGACAGACGGGCCCGAGCCAUCAAGAAUACUAUCAGAGUCAGGCGUACGGACAGCCCAUGAACUCUUACCACCAUCAGUUUAAUCUGAACGGAAUGGGAGCUGCUGGAGCGUACGCGACCAAAUCUGAAUACCCCUACACAAAUGGCUACCGACAGUUCGGACAUUACAACAGAGAUCACCUGCAGCCCUCCCCUCCGAGCUCAGUGAAAGAAGAGCCAGAGCCCGAGGUCCGCAUGGUGAAUGGGAAACCCAAAAAGAUCCGCAAGCCGAGGACGAUCUACUCCAGCUACCAGCUCGCUGCUCUGCAGAGGCGUUUCCAGAAAGCGCAGUACCUCGCUCUACCCGAGAGAGCGGAGCUGGCGGCUCAGCUUGGCCUCACCCAGACGCAGGUCAAGAUCUGGUUCCAGAACCGGAGGUCUAAAUUCAAGAAGCUGUACAAGAACGGCGAGGUUCCCCUGGAGCACAGUCCCAACGCCAGCGACUCCAUGGCCUGCAAUUCCCCGCCCUCCCCCGCAGUCUGGGAGAACAGCACCCCGCAGAACACCCCCAUCAGCAGACCUCAGGUCCCGCAGCCGACCCACAGCUCGUCGCCGCCAUACCUGGAGGAUUAUAACAACCACUGGUACCAGCAGGGUUCCCACAUACAGCACCCGGGCACCGUGCACCACCCAGUCCCACAGCAAAGUGUGGGAGCUGUUUAUUAACAAAGACUCUGCACAUUUUUCUCCACAAUGACUCUGAAGAGCGAAGGUUGACUGGACCGGGAGCAGACCUGAAGGGAAACGUUCUGGAUGAUAAAAAACUGUUUCAGAUCUGGGGUUUCCAUUCGCAAAGCACAUAAGGGAUUUUUUUUGAUAACUUGUGGCAGCAUAUUUAACGGACAUCUGGCGUGUUUUUUUUAAAUUAUUUAUCGCUUCUGUUGUAUUUCUUUCACUCCUUUUGUAAAUGAAUAUGCAACGUUUUUUUGUUUUUUUAAAACAAGUAGCUAUAACCACAAACCGAAUAAUCACAACUGUGCAUGUAAUCCAUGCUGCGUUCAAAUCAAGGGUUUGUAGCGCGUCCAAAAAACAAAAAAAAAGAACUCAGGUCAUAUUUAUAUGGAUUUGUACAAAACGUCGAAGGCUGUAAAUAUGUGUUUAUAUUCAGAACCACUAUAAUAAUAAGUGUUUGAAAUGGAACAACUGCACUCCUAAACCAGUAUCACAUCCAUGUAAUUAGUUCACCGUUUGCC